UGACGAGUGCAUGGGGUGCGAAGAAUUGGGAUGUGAGUUUCGUGGAAGACAUUUACGUGGAAAGGAAAGUGGGCGGGCCGUGGUUAGGUUUUGGUGGUUGGGUGCCUCCGUUUGAUCCUCAUGAAGAAGCUCGUGUGGAGCUUCAGUACAAGAACGAAGAUACGAACUUGUUUCAGAAGAUUCCAAAGACUACGAGAAAGAUUCAGCAAUUGAAUGGAUUUUACCAUGACCCUAAUGCUGGCUGGUACUAUAGCAGCAGAGAUUGUGCUUAUUAUAAAUUUGAGGAUGGGAAUUAUGUACUUUUAGAUUCCAACAAGGACGAUAGUACAGACACAUAUCUGUGCAAGGAAACUACCACAGAAAAUCCUCAACAGAUUCAUGAUGGAAAUAAUAACGUGGAUUAUCCUUCCUUUCUUGAAAGUAAAUCUGAAACUAACCAACAGACAGGAACCCUCGCUAAUGAAGCACUUGAUGUCCAACUUGUGAAAAGCCACCUCCACCACCAUCAGAAUGGUACCAUGCACAUCCUUAUUAUGUUGAUGACUUUUACGUUCAAACUUUUCGAAUGUAAAUUAGUCAUUCUGCGAACUAACAGGUUAGAGGAUACGCUUAUUGAUCUUUACUUAUCUGGCUACAAGAAUAUAGCAGUUGGUGAAGCUGAUGCAGUGACAGUGCCACUGGAAACAGAUGAGAGUUAUAACUCGGUAGCAGCUGAUGGUCUCAAAACCUAUGAUGUGGAAGGUGAUUGGAUCCGAAACCAAGUGGGUGAAAAUGGCUUAGCUGAUGAGAAAAGUACUGUAGAUGAAGGUAUAGCUUAUAGCAAUACUUACGAACUGGAAGAGGGUGAGUGGAUUCCGGACAUGGAGGAUGAAUGUGACAUAGAUGAUAGAAGUAAUAUAAAUGAAGGUAUGUUGUUGGAUGAAGAGAAAUGGCGAGCUCAAUAUGGUCAAGUUACUGAAUCAGUGAAAGAGUUGGUUUCAGAUGUUCCAAUAGUGGACUUGUGGGAUUGGGAAAUGGUUAUGGGAUCCAAAAGAGAUGGAAAAGAUAAAGUGACAAGGUUGGUUGGAAGAUUGGUGAAACCAUAUGCAAAACAACAUCCAUCUAUCCCUUCUGGUGGAGGAAAAUUAAGAUCUGCUCCCAUCUGUGAAACACAUCUUGAUCUGGUACGAGUUAAAACAGGACAAGUGUACAGAUUGCGAAAUCCUAGUGCAAAAUACGUGGCUUCAUUAUCAACUUAUGAUUCUUCCAAUCCAACAAAACAUUGGGAUUUUCCCCAGAUAACACCUAAUCGAAAAAUUAUUCAUCCCUCGAACUCCAGUGAAACCUCUGCUUCAGUUUUGGAUGAAAUCACUGUAGAGAAGGAUUUGUCUGCGUUGCCAACUCAGCCCUCUGCUUCUAAGCAAAUAAAACAUCAAUACAGAGAUAGGGCUGCUGAAAGAAGAAUAUUGCAUGGUGGCUUCGGCAUGGGUCCAGGACAGAAGAAUGUGCCAGAUAAUACGCCGACUUCACCCAAUGAUGGUUGUCCUCAAGAAGCUGCAUCAGAGGCCUUGGAGAUGUCAUUUGGAGCAGGUAGUUAUGCCAGAAAACUUCUAAAAAACAUGGGUUGGAAAGAGGGGGAAGGGCUUGGAAGUUCUACGAAGGGCAUGGUGGAGCCUAUUCAACCAGUUGGAAAUGUUGGCACUGCAGAAUCACGCAAUCACCAAGUUUUUGGCUAUGAUGAAUUUGCACCAA